AUGGCCCAUGUAUACGUGGACGGAAGGUUAGGACCAGGCAUGAAUAAAACAGGGCUGAUUUUAAUCAAUGGCCGCCUUGAGAAGCUUGCCUAUGGAACCUCGGCAUACGUGACCCAAGACAACAUGCUGAUGUCGACGCUGUCCGUGCGUGAGGCCGUGUACUACUCGGCGCAGCUGCAGCUGCCGGACACGAUGCCGUUGCCGGAGAAGCGGGCGCACGCAGAGCGGGUGAUCCGGGAGAUGGGGCUCGCCGACGCCAUGGACACGCGCAUCGGCGGCCGGAUCACCAAGGGCAUCAGCGGCGGGCAGCGGAAGCGGGUCAGCAUCUGCAUCGAGAUGCUCACGCGUCCGCGGCUGCUCUUCCUCGACGAGCCCACCAGCGGCCUCGACAGCGCCGCUUCCUACCACGUCAUGAGCCAUAUCGCUCGUGUAGCCGCCCGCGACGGCAUGACGGUCGUCGCCGCCGUGCACCAGCCCAGCGGCGACGUCUUCGAGCUCUUCCAUGGCCUCUGCUUGCUCGCCGCCGGAAGGACGGUCUUCUUUGGGACCAUCUCUGAUGCCACCGAGUUCUUCACUCUGAACGGCUUUCCAUGUCGACACCUGAGAAGCCCGUCAGAUCACUUCCUGAGAACAAUCAACAAAGACUUUGAUGAGGAAACCGUGGAGAGCUCUAAAACUAAAAGAAAAACAGCAGCUGAAGCAAUAGACAUUCUGGCGACUGCAUACAGAUCCUCCGAUUAUUUCGAAAAAAAAACGACAGACCAAAUUGUUGAAAUGAAAAACAUGGAUGGAGCUUCAUUUAGGAGGAGAGAACAAGCAAGCUUCGCCACAAAGCUCCUUGUGCUCACAAGGAGAUCAUUCCUGAAUAUGCACAGGGACAUAGGAUAUUACUGGAUGCGUUUGGCCAUCUAUAUGGGCAUCGGCAUAUGUCUAGGCACUAUCUUCUACCAAGUUGGCUAUAGCUACAGUUCUAUCCAGCUACUCCAUACCUGUCUUGUCAUUGCUGUAUUACCCGGAGCAAUGCUAUACUAUCUCUCCGGACUAACAAAAGCCGUGGAUCACUUUAUCUAUUUCGUCAUGGUCGUUUGCAUAUGUUGCCUUCUAGUUGAGAGCAUGAUGAUGGUUAUCGCCGCGAUUGUUCCGGACUUCCUUAUGGGAAUCAUCGUUGGAGCUGGAGUGCAGGGGGUGAUGAUGCUCAAUGGGGGCUUCUUCCGCCUUCCUAAUGAGCUCCCAAAGCCUGUAUGGAAGUACCCUUCCUACUACAUCUCCUUCCACAAGUAUGCAGUGCAAGGACUCUACAAGAACGAGUUCAUGGGACUGUCAUUCCCAAGUGAUCAGCUGGUUGAGUCUAAUGUCACCAUCAGUGGCAUUCAGGUCCUCAAGGAUAAAUUGCAGGUGGAAAUGGGUUACUCGAAAUGGGUAAACCUUGCCAUCCUUUGUGGAAUGAUGGUGAUCUAUAGGAUGAUGUUCUUCGCUAUCGUCAAGAUUACCGAGGAAAUUCGACAAAAAAUGGGAGGCAAACGAGGAUGUGUUAGAUAG